AAAAAAAAAAAAAAACUAUGCUCUAAAUCUAUUGCGUCCACGCAAUCUGAUUAUAUAGCUUGAUGAGUUCCAGAAAUCUAAUUGCUCCUCUCAAUAGCUUUAAUCAGUUUCAAAAGAUGAAUUCCAAUGAAGACGAAAGGAUAAUAAUCCUUGACGUUGAAGAAUCUCUUCUUAUACAGGAGGAAGUGAAAAAUGUCUUGACCGGAUUGUCUUCUUCAGCUGAAGAUGGUUCUGUUGACAUUUAUGGAAACCCACCAUCGAAGAAGAAAACAGGAAACUGGAAAGCUUGUCCUUUUAUUCUUGGAAACGAAUGUUGUGAGAGAUUAGCUUACUAUGGAAUUGCCAAGAAUCUAAUCACUUAUUACACAAGUGAAUUACACGAGUCCAAUGUUUCUGCAGCUAGCGACGUCAUGAUUUGGCAAGGAACUUGCUAUAUCACACCUCUCAUUGGAGCUGUUAUAGCUGAUUCUUACUGGGGAAGAUACUGGACUAUUGCUUCUUUCUCUGCUAUUUAUUUCUUUGGAAUGGCUUUGUUGACACUCUCGGCUUCAGUUCCCGGUUUAAAGCCAGCGGAAUGUGUUGGCUUUGUUGCGGUUCUAUGCCCACCAGCAACAACGGUUCAGUAUGCGGUUUUCUUUUCAGGACUUUACCUUAUUGCACUUGGUACUGGAGGUAUCAAACCAUGUGUCUCAUCUUUUGGUGCUGAUCAGUUUGAUGAUACUGACCCGAGGGAACGAGUUAGAAAAGCUUCUUUCUUUAACUGGUUUUACUUCUCUAUCAACAUUGGUUCAUUUAUCUCGUCGACUUUGCUAGUUUGGGUUCAAGAGAAUGGCGGGUGGGGACUCGGUUUCUUGAUCCCCACCGUGUUUAUGGGAGCCUCUAUCGCGAGUUUCUUCAUUGGAACUCCGCUUUAUAGGUUUCAGAAACCGGGUGGUAGCCCGAUUACUAGAGUUUGCCAAGUUCUUGUAGCUGCAUACCGUAAAUGGUAUCUCAAUCUCCCUGAAGAUAUCUCAUUUCUGUAUGAAACACGAGAGAAAAACUCCAUAAUUGCUGGAAGCAGGAAGAUUCAGCACACUGACGGUUACAAGAAAAUAUCUGUCCCCUUUCAGUUUCUCAUUUUGAUGAGCUUUUGGAAAUGUUCACUGGAACAACCUUCGUUUUCUUAUCUGUGCAGGUGUCUUGACAAAGCUGCCAUUGUCUCAGAAGAUGAAUCGAAAUCCGGUGCUUUUUCCAACCCAUGGAAGCUAUGUACUGUAACUCAAGUCGAAGAAGUUAAGAUUCUGAUCCGUAUGUUUCCUAUCUGGGCCUCGGGGAUCAUCUACUCGGUCUUAUAUUCACAGAUUUCCACUCUAUUUGUGCAACAAGGACGGGCCAUGAACCGGGUAGUCCUCUCUUUUGAGAUCCCUCCCGCUUCAUUCGGGGUUUUCGACACACUUAUCGUGCUCAUAGCCAUCCCAAUCUAUGACCGUUUCAUCGUACCCUUUGUGAGACGGUUCACAGGUAUACCAAAAGGGUUAACGGAUCUGCAGCGAAUGGGCAUUGGUCUUUUUAUCUGUGUCCUAAGCAUUGCAGCUGCAGCUAUUGUUGAGACAGUGCGGUUGCAGCUCAUUCAAGACACUGUUUCAAUGAGCAUAUUUUGGCAAGUCCCUCAGUACAUACUAAUGGGAAUUGCAGAGGUCUUCUUCUUCAUUGGUCGAGUCGAGUUUUUCUAUGAUCAAUCUCCUGAUGCAAUGAGAAGUGUAUGCAGCGCUUUGGCAUUACUCAAUACCGCAGUCGGAAGCUACCUGAGCUCGUUGAUCCUCACUCUUGUGGCGUAUUUGACGACAAUUGGAGGUAAAGAUGGUUGGAUUCCAGACGACCUUAAUAAAGGACAUCUUGACUACUUCUUUUGGCUUUUGGUCUCUCUUGGACUUAUCAACAUUCCUGUUUAUGCCUUCUUCUCUGUUAAGCACACGAAGAAGAAGGCUUUAUAAGCUACUUUUGUAACAAGCUAUGCUGUUUUGGUUCAUCAUGUUCAGGGUGAUACUCUGUGUUUUAUAGUCUGUACAGUUCUGAAUGCAGGAUACUUGUACAAUGAACGAUUAUUGAAACAAAAUGUAGUUCUUUAUAAUAUAGAUUCCAAGUAAUAGUUGA